GUUUCCACCAUGAAAUAAGAAGAAGCAAGCAUCUUAUAGAGAGAGAGGGGGAGAGCGAGAGCUUUAGGGUUUCAAAAACUGAGACCCUUUAGAAAUCUCCGUACGGGAAAAGCUUCAUCUCGAUCUUUAUAGAAAAUGGGCGUCAUGGUCAAUCACCACUUGCUCGCUAUCAUCUUCGGCAUCUUAGGAAACGCAAUAUCCUUCCUUGUAUUCCUGGCUCCCGUGCCGACGUUUUAUAGAAUAUACAAGAACAAAUCGACUGAAAGUUUCCAGUCUCUACCGUACCAAGUGUCACUAUUUAGCUGCAUGCUAUGGCUCUAUUACGCAUUGACUAAGCAAGACGCUUUUCUCCUAAUUACCAUCAACUCUUUCGGCUGCGUUGUGGAGACUAUCUACAUUGCCAUGUUCUUCACUUACGCUACCAAGGAGAAAAAGAUGGCGGCUAUUAAGUUGUUCUUGACGAUGAAUGUUGCUUUCUUCUCGUUGAUUAUAAUGGUUACACAUUUUGCGGUUAAACGCCCUAGCCUCCAAGUCUCUGUCAUCGGCUGGAUUUGCGUUGCUAUAUCUGUUUCUGUUUUCGCUGCCCCUCUAAUGAUUGUGGCUCGUGUGAUAAAGACCAAGAGUGUGGAGUUCAUGCCCUUCACGCUUUCUUUCUUCCUCACUAUAAGCGCUGUUAUGUGGUUCGCAUAUGGCGCAUUUCUCCACGACAUAUGCAUUGCUAUUCCAAACGUGGUGGGAUUCAUACUAGGGUUGGUACAAAUGGUUUUGUAUGGAGUUUACAGAAACUCAGGGGAGAAAUUAGAUAUUGGGAAAAAGAAUAACAGUUCAUCAGAACAACUUAAGACUAUUGUUGUGAUGAGUCCGUUAGGUUUGUCGGAAAUGCACCCAGUUGAUGUCACGGUGACGGAACCGGUGAUUCCACUCUCUUACACUGUUCAUCAUGAAGAUCCAUCCAAAAUUACUAAAGAGGAGGAGACGUCAACUGAAGCCGCACAAAGCCAUGUGGAGACUGCCCCGUCUCGAAUUUGAAGUGUCGUCAGGAUAUUUCACCAAGCAAACACAUAUCUAUCUCACUGACUCUCUCUCUCUCUCUCUCUCUUCUUACUCUUGGCUCGUCGGUCGGCUAAAGAAUGAAACUGUAUCGGUGGUUGUUUCCAUUGUUUCGUAUCUUAUCUAUUGUUAUUGAUAUGUGCUUGCAUAAAGUUUUGUGUUUUAAGUAAGUGAAAAUGUGUUCCAAAAAAAUAAAAAAAUAAAGUGAAUAUAUUAUCUUCGUAAUA